AUGCAGUCAAAACGGGGCUGUGGACUGAGAGACCAGGGGGACCAGGUGGCCAGUAAAGAGAGGGAGUCGAAGGAGCUUCAGGCUUUAAGGAUUCAUGAACUAGAGAAUUCCCUCAAAAAGGCCAAAGAGGAGUGCCUCACCCUCAGGAAAAACUACCAGCAGCUGAAGGAAGCUUUCCAGUUCAACUUGGCUAUCCUGGAUGAACGAGACAGAGAGCUGGAGAGAUAUGAUGUCAUUAUUGACAAAGCUCUGAGUGUGGAUUACCACAGGCAGGAGGAGCUGAGUUGGCUGCGUAUACAGGUUGCCAUGCUGGAGGAGAAAAGAGCUAGAGGGGCUGAGGAGAGGCUGGAGGAGCUCAGUAUCAGUCAGCACAAUGCUGCUCAACACAAGCUGCAGCUGGACAAGCUCAGAUGGCGCAAGGCUCCCCAACCAGAUGACAUCCCAGCAAAGUUCCCACCCUAUGGAAAGCAUUCACCAUCAUCCUUGGCAAAAGAAAUCCCGACCUUCAGUACUCAAUCACUACUGGCUGACGAUGCUGCAUUUGGAAUGACCUAUGAAGGGGAAACGUUGACGUUUGUGACACCAGUGGAUGGCGAGGAUUUUUACUCCCAACGGGUAAAGAGGAGCAUCAACACCAGCAUCCACCUGCCUCCGGACGAGAAGACCUGGAGGAGUGAUGCAGCAUUGGAUAAAGUGGCCAAAGCCUGCCUAACAUUUAUGGACAAGGCUCUUGAAAGCAAAGAGCUUAGUUGGGAGUAUUCAGAUAGGGGAUGUGUUCUGCAUGCUGCCAGUGUGGCAGAAGGGGGUUUUGUUGGGGAGAUGACACCAGCUGUUGACAGCGAGCUCAGACAGCAGGAAGAUUAAUUCAACUUGAAAAUGGAUGAGAUGUGUACUGUGGUGCUGUCCUUUGAUCUCAAGAGGAAGCUGCUGUCAAAAGAAACUGGCUCAUUGCCAGGCUCAGUUCCAAGCAACAGAGGCUCUAAGGCUGCGCUCACACUGCAGAUACAAACCCAGCUACAGCACAAGGAAUGGGUGGUCAAAGACCUAACUGCUGUCAAGAACUAUAGGAUUAAGGAGCUUGAAGAGAAGGUGGAAUGGAUGGAGAGCAAGUUGAAGAAGGAGCAGGAUGACCACAUUAAGAGAUAUGAAGAUGUGGUCCAGGCUCUGAAGAAGUGUGAUGGGCAACUGGAGGAUCAGCAUCAUGCCCACACAGAGCAGCUGCAGAGGGCUGAGAAACACAUUGUCAAACUGCAGGAGAAUAUAGAGGUUCUUUCUGCACAGGCACAUUCUGUACAGAAAGACCAGAAGGAGGCUGUGGAGCAGAAAGAUAGGAUAAUACAGAGACUUCGCACAGAGGUGGAAACGACCCGUACUGGCUUGGCCAAGUACAUCAAUCAGGCCUCUAGUGAGAUGGUUACCAAAGAUACAGAGAUAAUCAUUUUGCAGGAGAGAGAGGCCAAACUGAGGACUGAGCUUGACAGGAGCAGGGAGGAGAUGGAGAGGUACAAGCAGCAGUUAAGCACUGGUUUGAAGAGAGAGAGGGCCCUAGAACAACUGCAGGUCCAGAUGGAGCUGGAGUGGCAGAGACGCUGUGAGGAAUUGAAGUCUGCUCAGUACCUGGCUAAUGAGCAGCUACUACAAGACUUGACUCAGGCUAGAGACCAGGCUAAAGCAGAGCUGAAUGAAAAGGAACAAGUGCUACAGGACCUGGCUGUCUCACUACAUUCUGUUAAAAAGGAGAGAGACCAGGCAAUAAAGGGUCAUAUACCAAAGGUAGAUUAUCUGGCAUCGGAAGAGAUCCAUCAUCUGAAGAAGCAGAACAGCAUCUUGCGGGGCGUGGUUUCCCAGAUGAGGAAAGACAUGGAGGGUGUCUGUCAUCUCCUGCCCCAUGCCCAAGCCAAGUCACAGGCCUCCUCUCCUCAGCCAGUCCAGCAUCCUGUCACCAUCUCAAAUACCCCUACAGCUGAUACAGAAAUUGCCGUUGGACGAGCCCAGUCCACUGAAAUUUUCUCCAAAUCUAACCCAGCAGUAUCUCCAGACUACACUCAGGCUCUGGAGCAGGAGGUGUCUCUGCUAAAGACUCGAUGCAGGCUCCUCGAGGGGCAGCUAGAAGGUGCUACUGGACUGUCCAGCCUAGCUCAAGCCGAAGACAAACCUGCAGAGGAUCUGGCACCCAUUAUUCAAGACAGCACACACCCACAGAACCAUGGGCUUAAGCAUGGUUGGAUGUGUCUGGAGAAACAUGCCAACAUCACUGCUUUGAAGAGGCAGGAGUUCAGAGAGGCACAUAUGGAGUCUGCUCCCAUCAACAUCAUGGAACAGAACAUGCUGGUGCAGCAGCUCCAAGACAUGAACUUUUAUCAGUGGCACCAGCAGCUGGCCUCAGGUCUGAUGUCUGGUGGUUUGUUAAAAAAAUGUCAGGGUACUCGAAGCAAUCCUCCUUUCCUGCACACUAGGUUGAAGCAGGCAGCGUCCCAUAUUGCCCGCUUGAGCAGGGAGAAGCAGCAGCUCAUAGAAAUGGGUAACUGCCUCCGUGCCCAGAUCACCACUGCUGGACUACAGGAUGGAUGGAGUAGUGGAUGGUUGGUGAAUGGCCACCAUGUCCCAACAAGGCUACGACGUCAACAAGGAGGUGGGGGAGUCAUGUUUUGGGCCGGAAUCAUGGGGAGAGAGCCGGUGGGCCCCUUUAGGGUCCCUGAAGGUGUGAAAAUGACCUCGGCAAAGUUGGAAGAGUUUCUGACUGACCAAUUUCUUCCAUGGUACAAAAAGAAGAACUGUGCCUUCCGUAGCAAAAUCAUCUUCAUGCAUGACAAUGCACCAUCUCAUGCUGCAAAGAAUACCUCUGUGUCACUGGCUGCUAUGGGCAUAAAAGGAGAGAAACUCAUGGGGUUGUCCCCAUCCUCCCCAGACCUCAACCCUAUUGAGAACCUUUGGAGCAUCCUCAAGCAAAAGAUCUAUGAGGAGCCAAUGGAGCCAGAGAGAGACUCCACAGAGAAACAAGAAGAUCAACAUGACCGGCGGUCUGCUCUGGAACAGCUGCAGUACCAGCUCACCACACAGAAUUCCAAUGGACUGCUGAGCUUCAUCCUGCCAGCUGGUCUACAUGACCUGCCUGAGCUGCAUGGGACCACCAUCCUGCCAUCAUCCUUUACUGCACCCCACCAAAUAUAUUGUCCAUGA